CAACCAGCUUGAGAGCAUCAAAUUGCUGCUCGCUGCUGGUACCAAUGUCGAGUAUAAAAACGGUGGCGUCUUCUCCCCACUCACUACGGCCUUGCGAGAGAGACAUGACGAUAUUGUGAGAUUCCUGCUGGAGGAAGGAAAUGCCGAUCCAAACGCCCCCGGCGAGCAUCUUCCUCUCGUGAAAGCGAUCCGCCGGACUCUCAAUGGUGACUAUUCCAUGAUUGAGCUUCUGCUUGAGAAGGGUGCCGACCCCAAUAAAACUUACCGGCACUGGAAUGCUAUCAUGCAGGCGAUCGAGUAUCGGGAUCUGCCAUUGUUGCAUCUGCUAGUUAAGAAGGGAGGCGGAGCUGAUCUCACGCAGCAUGAUGAGACAGGACAGACUGUUUUGGAAAUGGUGGAUUCAGGGUGGCCCGAGGCCAUGCAGUUCCUUCUUGACAAUGCGCGCCCCUAAUUUGUAGUCUUUUAUGACGCGUGAGAGUUUCAG